UUAUUAUUUUUAUUUUCAUUUUCUUCUGUGUAAUUCGUUACUACAUUAUUAUUGUUGAUUGCUUCUCUCGUCAUCUACCAUUAUUCACUUCUCCUCGUCUUGUUCAUCAUCAUCAUUCACUCAUCAGCAUCCAAUUUAUUUCUCUAAUAUUUGUGUAUGUUUUACGCAAAAUCACUUUAAUUUCCCCACCUGUUUUUCUUUAUUAGGGGUUAGAUUAUUUUUUCCCUACAUUUAACGGUGAUUUUGGGAUUUUCCCGUUUGAGCUUUGUGAUUUUGAUUGGAAUUGUAAUCAAAUUCUUGAUUAAUUUGGGAUUUUUGCUUGGAAUUUAGAUCAAUUUGUUGAGUAAUUAAGGAAAACCCGUCCGGGUUUUGUGAUUUUUGAGUGGAAUUGUAAUCAAAUUGUUGAGUAAUUGGAGAAAACCCAUCUAGGUUUUGUGAUUUUUGAUUGGAUAUUUGGAAUUGGAUUGCUGAGUUUUGUGGUGAUGACGUUUGUUGGGAACGAUGAGGAAGAAGGGGUAGUGGUGGUGGUGCCAGCACCCUUAUUGGGGUUGGAAAGGGAAGAUUCAAAGGGUGGUUAUGUGAAAUUAUGUGGGGAUAAUUUGGAGGAGAAUAAUAAAGGGUUUUUUAAGGGUUGUAUAGGUGCUUCAUCUUCAGGGAUUAGUGGAUAUGGAGGUAAUAGUAGUAGUAGUAGAUGUUGGUCUCUUUGGUGGUGGGCUAAGUUGGUACUUGUUUUGAUUUUUGUGGGAGUAUUGGCUGCUGUUUUUCUCAAAUGGGUUGGACCCUUUUUCAUGGAUAAGGAGAUUAUUCCAAUACUAAAUUGGGAGACCAGAACGUUCAGUACUCCAGUACUAGCAGUUCUAGUUUAUGCUUCUGUGGCACUUUUCCCCACCCUGCUUUUACCUUCCACUCCCUCCAUGUGGGUAGCUGGAAUGACAUUCGGAUAUGGUUAUGGUUUUCUACUUAUCAUUGGAGCAGUUCCUAUUGGUGUAUCUCUUCCUUAUUUCAUAGGUCAUCUUUUCCGUCACAGAAUACAGAGCUGGAUAGAAAGAUAUCCCAAGAAUGCUUCUGUUAUAAGACUAGCUGGUGAAGGGAACUGGUUUAAUCAGUUCCGUGCUGUCGCAUUAAUCAGGAUUUCCCCUUUUCCAUACAUAGUCUAUAAUUACUGUGCAAUGGCAACUGGAGUCAAGUAUGGUCCUUAUUUGCUCGGGACACUCAUCGGCAUGGUUCCAGAAAUAUUUGUUACACUUUACACUGGCAUCCUGAUAAAGACACUUGCAAAUGCUUCACAAGAGCAACGUUUUUUAUCAGCUCCACAGAUUAUUCUCAAUGUUCUUGGAUUUAGUUUCACUUUUGCUACAACUGUGAUGAUCACUAUAUAUGCUAAAAGGCGGUUAAAGCAACUGCAGAGAGAUGAGGAGCUAUUGCUACAAUGAGCUUCUGCUUUGUUAUCGUGUCUGCACAGGCUAGAAAAGGGAGAAGGAGAUCUCAGAGAUUCUCUGAUGACCGAGGUCAUUUGCAUCCAUCGAGAAUCUUUAUCCCUGCAUAGGAUUUUAUCUGCACGUUAGCUUAGAAGCAGAGGUCAAUCGACAAUUACUUGUCACUUUGGUUAUAUUAGCUGCACAGAUCGCUCACAACUGCAAGGAAGUCGAAACCAGGGGGGACUAACAUAACUGACACACACAGGGAGCAAUCACUCAUUCAAGGCUUCGUCUCAUACUGUUGAGACCAUCAUUGUACAUAAUUGAAUAACCCAAUCAUGGGUAAAACUGAAUUAGGGCAGAGUAUUUGAAGAAUGAGUGAUUGGGAGUGACAAGACACAUAUGAUGCUUGAUUAAACAUUUACUAUUUUCUGUAGAUGAAAGUUUUGGUCUACCACCUUGUUUGCUAUGGUACUGCAUGUCUUCAUUGGA